AUGGCUGUAACCUUAGGCGGAAAUGACGUCCUGUUUCUCGAGAGCGAGGGCGACCUAACCGGUUCAAAAGUCACAGCGCUCAAACCGUUGGCCAUAUUUAUUGGCGUAAAAGAGGUGAGGCUGUUUGGGAUGAGGUAUAGAGUUGUGUGCGUCGAUGACUUUACCUUCUCAUGAUCCUUAUUUUUUUUCCUUGUUAUUGAAUGGUACAUCUUUGUUUGCUACUGACAAUGACCUCUGUGUGUAUAGACAAGACUCAAUCGGAUCCGUUAACUCUAGAGCACCGUCCCCGCAAUUGGAGGUCCGUGGACUGACAGUGGCUCACGAACAGUUACGUUGUCAGUCCGAAAAAAACAUAAAUAUUUAUGAUCAUAUAAAAUAUAUAUAUAUAAUUAAUUAAUCUCCUGCUGGGCCUUGGAGCAGUUUUAAAACAUGUCCAGCAGUCAAUCACAGGUUCAAAUGUUGGGAAACGCUUCCCCGGACUAGCCGUUUUCCACUUGGGCAAACAUUUCUAUCUAGAGCAAACGAGGCUGGUCAUCCAUAAGAGAUGUUACAUUAUUUUGGGGGGGGGGGUAAUUUUAGCCCCACCCUCUUUUAAAACACACAAAGAUUCGUCACUGUUUGAGACGCCCUGGUUAAACAUCUUCACAACAUUAAGACACCCUAAUAAAACCUCGUCUUAACAUUAUGACAUCCUAUUAACACAUUGUCACCACAUUAAGACACACACAUAACACAUCGUCACAACAUUAAGACACACAUAUAACACAUCGUCACAACAUUAAGACACACAUAUAACACAUUGUCACAACAUUAAGACACACACAAUAACACAUUGUCACAACAUUAAGACACACACAAUAACACAUUGUCACAACAUUAAGACACUAUCAUAGCACAAAGUCACACAUGAAUGACCCCCCUUUUUUCCUUAAAAUGUUUGAUUUCAUUCAUGAAUGGUCCCCCUUACAAGGCGUGUGUUUUUCCCUGGUUUCCCUACUGAGUGGGCUGAUUCAGCCAUGCAUACGUAAGGAUUACUUUACCUCAUUUCUUUCAAUGUUGAAGCAAAUAACAACAACUGUUACAGUUGAAGACAUCAAGGGGCGUUUGAAUGGAAAAAAAAUAUAAGAACCACGCAUUUUGACGCAAGGAAAUUUUUUAUCGAAAUGACAUAUGUUUUGUCUAAUCCUACAAUGAGAGAAGCAUAUACUUAUCGCGAAACCAUAAACAUAUAUCUUAUAAUUAUUUUGUCUCACAAAAAAAAAAAAAAAAAAUUUAAAAAAUCAAUGUUAAUUUCAGAAUGAUGGUACGGUAUCGUUCGAGCAAUUACUGCCCGCAUUCAAUGAAACAAAAUCUCUGAUUACCUGGUCACCGAGCACAAGCGCAGGUCUGUACCAGGAAUACCUAGCAUCAACGGGCGUUGCCAACAACACAUUAUACGUAAGUCAGUUUUUAGGAAGUUUUCAAUUUCCUUUUGGAGCUUUUAGUGUGGUGGACAAUAGCUUGUAGAAGUAUUUAGAGAUUUGUGUUUGAUCGGUUCUCCAAUAUCCAGAUACCUUUGCCGACCAAUGUUUGCAAGAUUACAACUCAACAACACUUAAAGACGUCGUUCGUAUAAAUCCGUUAUCAAAUUGACUAUAGAGCCAAAGUGGUUGGGGCUGAACAUUGGAUCAAACUUGCAAUAAAGUAACGCACUUGAUAAGAAUUUCAAUUUGUGCUCCCCCCUCAAGGCUGACAACCGCAAUUUCUUUCAACCCCCCCACCCCCGCCCCGAACUGUCUUAAUAUUCUAAUACCCCCACCCGCUCGUACACAGCAGAUUUAUUUCACCAACAAUUUAAGGGGAAAAAAAAAAUUAAAAACAUUACGCACCAAAGGCUCUUGCGAUAUUCCUUUUUUUUUUAAUUUCCUUUUUUUUUUUUUAAAAUCCCAUUUACUGCAGUGAUCGGGAAUUUUAUUUGACCUCCCUUUUGAAAAACUGAUUUUNGGGGGGGGGGGCGCUGAAGAUUUGAAAUAAUCUGUUGUCACCGGAAACGAGUAUAUUUGCGAAGUUUUAGCUCGAUAUGUUGACGGAAAGUGGGUCAAUUAACACCCGAAGAUUUUGCCAGCCAGCCACCUAUGAACAAAAGGGACGUUAACACAUAGGACUUUAAAAGCUACAUCCCACCAUCUUCAUCAGUGGAGCAGUUCAGCUCCAGAAGUGUCUGUUGCCAUAGGUUAAGGGACAUUUUCGGAAGUAACGAGUUGGUACAACGCUUUAUAACGCCCCCCUCUUUCCACUUGAAAACGAAGAUUUAAAAUAUAGAGUUAUUUGUUGUUGUUGCAAUGAAGCUCUAUAAUGAGGCAGCUCCCGUUUAAUCGCUUGAUCAUUUCCAAUGUUAUCCUGUUUUACUUAUUUAAAAAAAAAGAUGUCUUUAUUUCGACUUGGUCGGUUUAAAAAAAAAAUCCUUGAAAAAAAGGGAAAAUACUUAUUAAACUGAAAGUGCAUUGCUGUUCUAUGAGUUUUCUCCCUUACUUUCAACAAAUAAGUUUUGAUGCAUUCAAUUUGUCCGCCUGCUGUAAUUUGAAUAUCUAUAAUAAUGUAUUUGUUUGGACAGAAAGAUUUGGAAAAGAGAAUAUAUCGGUGGUCAACAGGUGAUACAUUAAAUGUAAUGCUAAACUUUGGAUUAAAAUUCCCAUCUGUAUGAUGUUGCGAAUGUAGAAAAAUAUUUACUCAAAGAUUUCAGCAAUUUAAAAAAAAAUAUAAAUACACCACUCCAAUUGAUGAAAAGGAUGUCGAAAUUCCUUUAAAAAGACCCACUUUUUUUUUUGUGUGAAUGCAACCCGUGUUUGUGUGUGAGCGUGUGUUUGUGUGUGAUCUGUGUUUGUAUGACCUUUUGUGUGACCUGUGUGUGUGUUUGUGUGUGACCCGUGUGUCAGUGUGUGGGUGAAAAUUCCAACUUAACUUAUUUCUAUUCGUAUUUUCUAAUCGAGCAAGGUGUCCCACGACAACAAGACCUGGACGCUGCCCCUGCCGGGAGACACGUGCCUGUUCGGGUCGGGGCCUCCGACUCACCUGACCGCAGACAACCCCAUCGCGGGCCUGCAACUCCUGCACCACGGUGGUGGGACAGCGUGUGUGACCUCCCUUGUCUCCUACGGUUUCUGGCGGUGGUCCUACGCCUUCGCCGUCCCCACGGACGUGACGUCACGGGGCGGUCCUAACGAGACGGUGUUCAUUGACCUCAUCGUCAUUACACGAGCGGUAAACGAUUCUCGCUUCUUUUAUUUUUUUUUUUUUUUUUAAACAAGACUUUCUCUCUACUCGCAUUUCUAUUACGAAGUGGCUAUUCGGACCCGGGUCGGAGGAGUGAGAGGUUGGGAUUAAAAUUAAAAAAAAAAAAAUUAUUGUAGGGUUCUUAAGAUAACAUUUGGUAUCAAAUGAAAGAUAAUUGAAUGGACUACAUGUUUGUAAACCUACUUCUUCAGUUUAACUUAAAUAAACUAACACAGAGGACAUCCGAAAAGCAUUAAUAAUAAUAAUAAUAAAGUUCAUUUCAAAAACACGCUUCAUCCCCAAGGCUCGAAGCGCGGUACAAAGUCAACAAAAAACAUAUCUAUAAUUAACCACAUUUAAAACAAACGCAACACUACAAAAACUAAUGGGACCUGGGUCUGAAUAGCGGCGAUGCGUUUCCGGUUCCAUGUUGACUAAAUUCUAUUCUGAUUUCAUUUGCGGUAGUUCAUUUUAGUUAAACAUAAGAUGUAAGUUUACAAACAUAUAGUCCAUUCAAUUAUCUUUCAUUUGAUACCUUAUUUUGUCAUACAAACCCUACAAUAAUUAAAAAAAUAUUUUUAAAUAAACCCAAGCUCUCAUUUCUCGGACCCGGGUCCGAAUAGCCGCAGCCUGUCCGUCGAUGUAGCGCUAUUUAAAAAAAAAUAAUAUUUAUUUAUUUUGUUUGUUUUUGUUUACGCACGUGACAUUUUAAGAAAUCUCGUGCAGUGAAAGGCUGGGGAAAGAAGACGUGUUUCCACUGUCGCCUAAAUCAUCGUGGUUGACCGCGUCUGCUUCGCGGUUGAGUGAACGGGUGGGUGGGUGAGCUCAGUAUAAAAUUUAAAUAAAAAAAAAAUAUCUAUCUAAAUAAAGCGUUAAUUCACUUCAAACGGGAUGAUCUAAACAUUUGUUGUUUUUUAAAAAAAAGUGAAUAAUUCUACUUUUUAUUAAAAAAAUGAAUUAUAGAUUACAAUUUUAACACUGAAAUGUAGAAAAUAAUUACAAAUUUCUUUAAAAAUACGUUUCCCAAAGAAAGGCUGGGGUCAAUAAUCAGCGUUGCUUCGUUCGGUGAGAUGAGGCGAACAUCUCUUUGAGACAACAUCUCUAUGAGGCGAACAUCUCUUUGAGACAACAUCUCUAUGAGGCGAACAUCUCUUUGAGACAACAUCUCUAUGAGGCGAACAUCUCUUUGAGACAACAUCUCUAUGAGGCGAACAUCUUCUCUCUGGUUGACGGUUUCCUGCCACCGCUUAUUCCCGUGUUUUUUGUUCUUGUUUUUUUUUUGUUGCUUUGUUAUUCCCAGGAUUUUGAACUCUUUACGAAAUUGAAUAAACCCACUUUUUUUACACUCGACUCUGUGCUAUGACAUUUCCAAAGGGCUACGUAAACUUUUGUGGUGGACGGACCCCCAGGAAUGACCCCCUUGGAGAGAAUGUCAAAGUCGUGUGUGUGUGUGUGUGUGUGUGUUAUGGUGUCUUAAAAUAACAAUUGAAUAAUCUUAUUAAAGAAGUUUUCAGAAUUUGAAGUAUGGAAAUAAUAAUUAUAUUGUAUUUAAAUAGUGUUGUGUGGACGCCCCGCGUGCCCCCCCCCCGGGCCACCCUUUUCAUCCGGUUUGUGCGUUACAUACAUCAUAGGGCAACACGUCCAGUUUUUAUGUUUGAACGACCCUGUUGUGAUCUAAACAUAUUUAUUUCAGAUGUGCUAAAUAUACUUUUUGUUAAUAAUCUCUAUUCCCCCCUCCCCUCCCCUCCCCAACCCCAAUGCCCAGGGUUCUCAAACAGAUCUAUUACUUGACGGUACCCCGUUUGGACCAGACGGCAGCCAGAAUGUCUUUCCCAGUAACGAUUAUGUUGUCAUCACUAAAAGGUAGGCCCUUAGUGAUUUGCUGGAGUGCUAUGUUUAAGAUCUUGACAGAGAGAUAGUGGAUUUUUAUUUUUAAUAUACCUAUAUAUAUAAAUAUCCCUUUAUCCGGACUGUUCUGUUUAGUUUUGAUUGAGUAUGAAAAAGAUAAUCCCAGAUACAAAUCCCGUUAUCCGGACUACUGUGUUUAGAGCUUGGUUGUUUACGACUUGAUGAUCCCAGAUACACAUCCGGUCAUCCGGACUACUGUGUUUAGAGCUUGGUUGUUUAGGACUUGAUGAUCCCAGAUACAAAUCUGGUUAUUCGUGCAAUAGAUUUCAUUCUCAAGUGGAUGGCUACUUCGAUAUCUGUACCCUCCCAGUACCCUGCCUCUACACAACACCUCCGUUAAAUCAUCAUCCUACACCCCACAUUCCAUGUGUUUUUCUAACAUUCCAACAAAGCUCUUUUCAACUGUUGACCCCAUUGACCACAGUGACCCAAUUGACCACAUUGACCACAAUGAUUUCAUUAACCCCUUUGACCACCAUGACCACAUUGACCACAAUGACCCUAUUGACUCCAUUGACCACAAUGACCCCAUUGACCACAGUGAUUUCAUUAACCUCUUUGAAAACCAUGACCAAAUGGACCACAAUGAUCCCAUUGACCAAAAUGAUCCCAUUGACCACAAUGACCCUAUUGACUCCAUUGACCACAAUGACCCCAUUGACCACAAUGAUUUCAUUAACCCCUUUGACCACCAUGACCACAUUGACCACAGUGACCACAAUCAUCCCAUUGACCACAUUGACCAAACUGAUCCCAUUGACCCCAUUGACCACAAUGACUUUAUUGACUCCAUUAACCACAAUGACCCCAUUGACCACAAUGAUUUCAUUAACCCCUUUGACCACCAUGACCCUAUUGACCACAUUGACCACAAUGAUCCCAUUGACCUAAUGACCACAUUGAACACAAUGACGACAUUGACCCCAAUGACCGCAUUGACUACAAUGACCCUAUUGAUCCCAUUGACCACAAUGAUUUCAUUUACCCCUUUGGCUACAAUGACCCUAUUGACCACAUUGACCACAUUGACCACAAUGACCCUAUAGACCGCAUUGACCACAAUGACCCUAUUGACCACAAUUACCAAAAUGACACUAUUGACCACAUUGACCACAAUGAUCCCAUUGACCACAUUGACCUAAUGACCACAUGGAACACAAUGACCACGUUGACCCCAAUGACCGCAUUGACCACAAUGUCCCUAUUGAUCCCAUUGACCUCAAUGACCCAUUUGAACUAAUUGACCCCCAUUGACCCCCUCCUUGCAGGAUUGAGCCCGGCUUCCACAGUGUUCGGUCAAGUUCCAUGUCUUACUUUGGUGCCUUCCUAGUGGGCGCACAUCCAAGGACCGCAUUCUGUACAACGGCUGGCCUUGACCCCUCGGUGAGUUGAGCAUCGGAUAGUACGAGAAACGCAACUAGCCCAAUUGUUCAUUCUAUUUGGUAGCAUAAACGAAACAAAAUUUAAAUAUUAAUGGCAUCUCACUAUGUUGAUUUAAGCCUUUGAGUUAACGCGUAGCACGCAAAGGUUGAACAAUAUUUCGGGGAAUAGACACUCUAAGCAUUGAGUUUUCAAUCACAUAAAAAUGAAAACGGAAAAUUGUUGUUGUUGUUACUCCAAUCUUUGUCAAACUCUUCAAUUAUAAAGAGUUUUCGGUGAACAAAUUCAUCGUCCAAUAUCAAAUUGAAUUUCCUAAAGGUAAAGGAGGUACGCUCAAUUGAAUGUAAACCGAGUGUGGGGUGACGCUGUGUUUACGGUUAGGGGCGUUACCUAAUGUGGGGUGACGCUGUGUUUACAGGGAGGGGUGUCACCUAGUGUGGGGUGACGCUGCGUUUACAGGGAGGGGUGUCACCUAGUGUGGGGUGACGCUGUGUUUACAGCGAGGGGUGUCACCUAGUGUGGGGUGACGCUGUGUUUACAGGGAGGGGUGUCACCUAGUGUGGGGUGACGCUGUGUUUACAGGUAGGGCUGCCACGAACUUCGAAAAAUGUUUCCUGGUUUGAGAUUGGGAAGGUCGAAUUGUUUUUUAUUCGUCUUGAAAUAUGAGUUGGGUUGGCAAGACAAAAAUUAUACUUAUUCAUCAGUUAUUUGAGACAGACGACUUGCUUGUGUCAUUUUAUUUCUCAAUUGAAAUUAUAUAUUAAAUUCUUCAUUUCUCAGAACCACAGCCACGCAGUUCUUGGGGAAUUCCCAAUUCCAGGAAACAAACUCAUUGACAUCUAUUUACCCGAAAACUCGACCGCAACAUUGAAGACAACGUCACCAACCAUCUCUACAACAACCGGCCCGGCAACCAGCACUACAGCGACGUCAGCUAUAGGCCCAGCUGGUGCCGGACAAUCAAACACCACAUCACCAGUUGCUGAGCCCACGUCAACUUCCACCCAGCCGACGAAUCGACCCUCCACCUGCAACCCAGCCGGCGCUGCGGCCACGCAGCUGACCAACCUGUCCAAGGAGCAAUUGGCCGAGAUCUUCGAGGACAUCAGACAAGUUCUGCUCUUGGACUACACGAAGACGUCCUCGUUCGUGCGGAGACUGACCAGCGCCGAGGACAUGCGAC